AUGGCUGCAGUGGAAGCAUCAGGCAAUAACAACAAGAAAAAGAAGAAGAAAAAAGACCCCAUUUUUUCUCUAUCAAUGGAGGUGGCGAGAAAGCAUCAUCAAUGGCAGCAUGAGGUGCUGGUUCUGGCAUUCCCCUUCGGCAGCCAUCCGGGUUGUCUUCUCGGGCUGAUCAGAAAGCUCGCCGACGAAGCUCCGGCCGUGAAGUUCUCCUUCUUCAACACGGCCAGGUCUAACGUGGUCAUUUUCAAGGACGGCGGACGAAACGACAACGUUUUUCCUUACAGCGUCGGCGAUGGCUUGCCGGAGAGCUACGCGAACGGAGGGGGAGUGCCGGCGGAGGCGGCGGAGUUAUUUCUGAAGGCGGCGCGUGGGAAUUUUAGGAGCGCGAUCGAGGCGGCGGCGGAGGAGGAGGUGGAGGUUGGAGGGGUGGUGAGCGACGCGUUUCUGGGGUUCGCCGGAGAGAUGGCGGCGGAAAUGAAGGUGCCGUGGGUUCCGGUAUGGGUUCCGGGGCUACGGAGUUUGGUUCUUCAUCUUCAUACGGAUUUAAUUCGCCAAAAACUGGCGGAUUUUGGUAUGUCGGGAGAUGAUGAAGAGAAAGUUAUCAACUUCCUCCCUGGCUUUUCAGAAAUACGUAAGAUUGACUUACCUGAAGGCAUAUUGCAUGGAGACUUAGAAUCACCCUUUGCAGUCAUGUUACAUAAAAUGGGGUCUCAUCUUCCAAAAGCCUCUGCCAUCGUCGUGAAUAGCUUCAAAGAGGCCGAGCCUGAGAUGUUCGACAUACUAAAACCAAAGCUGCAAAAACUUCUCACUACCGCACCGAUUAACCUAACAUCACCGACAUCAAUAAUCUCCGACGAACAUGGCUGUCUCGAAUGGUUGGACAAGCAAAAACCUAAAUCCGUGGCGUACAUAUGCUUCGGUACAUUCAUAGCACUCCCACCUCACGAGUUAGCAGCCCUGGCCGAGGCGCUAGUCGAGAGCGGAGUUCGUUUUCUCUGGUCAUUUAGGGGCAACCCUAAGAAAAGUUUCUCUGAGGACUUUCUUCAAACAGUUGAUGUACAAGGAAAGUUGGUGCCAUGGGCUCCCCAAACAAGAGUGUUGGCACAUCCUUCAGUUGGGGUUUUUAUAGCUCAUUGUGGAUGGAACUCUGUUUUGGAGACUAUAAUGGCAGGUGUGCCUAUGAUAUGCAGGCCCUCUAUUGGGGACAAUGGCCUCAACACAAGGACAAUGGAGUUCGAGUGGAACUGUGGCUUAGGACUUGAAAAAGGAAUCUUUACAAAAGAGGGAGCAAUGAAGGCAAUGGAGUCAAUCUUAGAUCCCCAAAAAGGAGCUAAAAUAAGAACAAAUCUUAAAGCUCUCAGAGAUUUGGCAUUUCAAGCUGUCGGACCUGAGGGUAGUUCAACUAAAAAUUUUAAUGUCUUGGUCGAGUUACUCACCAAGUAACUGUAGUUAUUUCUCUU